UUAAAAUGUUUCCCACAAGCAAAGUAUUGAAAAAGUCCAGCUUUGACUGUAUUCCUGAUCACCCACUCAACUCAGAUUUGGUAAAAAAAUUGAAGUAUGCUCUGGAAACCGGGAAUAAGAAGACAGUGACGGAUUUGAUUUGUACCGAAGUUAAGCACGUGAAUGCCACCAUAGAACUAUCGAACGAUGACUGGAUGAAGGAACCUUCAGCUCAGCUGCACCCUUUGGUGCUAGUAGGCUUGUGGUCCCUAGAGUACAAAAGGGAGUUGACCACCCCACUGUGUAUUGCUGCCAGCCAUGGGCACACAACCUGCCUACGUCACCUGCUCUUUUGGAGGGCAGACCCCAACUUGGCUCCAGGAGGCCUAAGUGCUCUGCAUGAGGCCUGUGCAGGGGGCCACACAGACUGCGUAGAGCUGCUACUGGAGCACAAAGCCAACCCCAACCUCCUGAGUGAUGAAGGCUUGGCACCACUUCACCUGUGCACCAAACAGAACACACUGGGAUGUGCGAAGCUUCUAGUGAAAUACGGUGCUAAAGUUGACCUGCCAAGUGAAGACACCCAAGAAACACCACUUCACAUAGCAGCUAAGCACGGGCUUUAUGAGCAUGCCCACUUGUACUUGAGGUAUGGUGCUAAUGUGGAUAAGAAGAACAGUCAGGAAGAAACAGCACUAAGUGUGACUUGUGGACAAGGAAAAAAUGUUGAGGACCAAGAAAUCUACUUACAGAUGUGCAGAUUGCUGAUUAUGUAUGGAGCAGAUGUAAAUACCACAGAUGAAGAACAGAAAAGCCCGCUCCACAAAGCCUGCAAAAAUGCUAAUUACAGUUUGGUCCAGUUUUUGCUGCAGACUAAAGCAGAUGUGAAUGCUAUAGACUACAAUGGAUCCUCCCCAAUGGCUUGCGUUCUGCAGACUGCAGCAUUCAAGCAGGAGCUGAGGCCACAUCUCACAGUGCAGACCCUGCUCAACUAUGGCUCCCAAAAAAUAUGGCCUACAGCCUUUGUAAAGGUGUUGAGGUCAUGUGCAUCUGUGCCAGAGAUCAUCGAAAUCCUCUUCAACUCCUACUCUCAGAUCCCCAUUCCUGAGAAAUGGAUUGAAGCCAUCCCAGAGGAAAUAUUUCAGAGGCACGUCACUUUCUAUGAAUCUGUCUUUAAGCUGUCAUGCAGAGCCCGGUGUCUGCAACAUCUGUGCCGCUUUGCCAUUCGGAAAAAGUUUGGCCACCAGUGCCACUCCCUUAUCCCUUUACUACCAGUGCCCAAAUCCCUACAAAACUACCUGCUGUUAGAACCUGAAGGAAUACUGCUUUGAAGAGCUGAUAAGAACCAAACUAAAAUCUUCCUGAAGUCUU